AUGCCUGGCAUCCCAUUCCAAGCCACGCUGACCUCGGAUUUUGCUGAAGAUGCCGCGCCUACCUAUAUAAAGAUCAAACUCAUCAAGCAUAAGAGAUGCGAGAACUACUGGCUAGUCAAGUCUUGGGGCCGCGUGAGCUCGCCGUGGGUGCAAGAGGGCGAAAAUUGCAGGAACUUUGGCUCUUUGGAUGAUGCGACGGCCGGAUUCAGAACCUUUUUCUACGAGAAGACCGGCAACAAGUGGGCCAACCGCGUCAUCUUCGACAAGAAGCGCGACAAGAUGAGCUACAUGCCGGAGGAGACAGGCACGGAUAAUUCGCUGGCCCGCUGCAAGUUGCGCGCGCCGGUGGCCGACCUGAUACGGAAGGUGUUCAGCGAGGAAUUUUUGAAGGAGCGCAUGGUGGAAUUCAAGAUGUCGGCCAACCUGAUGAUGAUGGACGGAAAUACGAAGCACCGUAUCUUGCUCGCCUACGAGACGCUGGACCGACUGCGCGAGGCGGUUGAGCGCGAACAAACCAAUGAGCGCAAAGCCCGCAUCGAAAAAGACACGGCCGUCUUCUACGACCUGAUCGCUCACAUCGACCGCCCGCCGCUGAAUACCCCGGAGCUUAUCCAGAAGAAGACUGACCAGCUCGCUGAACUCAUUGAGCUUGCCGAGCUGCACGACAUGAUGACGCUGCACGGGGAUUCGGGCCCCCGUCAUAUACUCGAUCAGCUUUACGACCGGAUGGGCGUCGAGAUUAUUCCGCUGGAACGCGAGAGCGCCGAGUUCAACACCGUGCAGCUGUACAUGCAAGCCGGCCACUUCCAUAAUUCUUGUCAAAUCUUGGAGGUGUUCUCGAUUCGUCGCCCCACGGAGGAGCGCUUCUUCCGGCACGAAAUUGGCAACCGGAAGCUGCUGUGGCACGGCUCGCAGCUCGUCAACUACUGCGGCAUCUUCACCCAGGGCCUCCGCGUCGCCCCCAAGGAGGCAAAGCAUACCGGCCACUCGUUUGGGAUGGCCAUCUACUUCUCGGAUUCGUUCGACAAGUCGGUGCACUAUUGCCGCGCUGGCCCCGGCGAGGAGGCGCUGAUUCUGCUGUGCGAGGUGGCGCUCGGAAAGAUCCGAUCGCACGGCGUCAGGGACUACUUAUACGGUUCGGCCGGCGAAUUCGACUCUUUUUUUGUUGCCGGCACGGCAUCGCCUGACCCGGCUUGCGACGUGCUCCACAACGAUGGCUACAUCAUCCCGGUCGGCCCGCUGAAGUCCGCGGUGCCCCUUGUGGGGUCUCUUUACAACGAGUACCUGGUCACCCAAACCGACCAGGUCCGCCUGCGCUACAUCAUGCGACUGAGGGUGACCGAGGAUUGUCACCCGUUC